UAAAAAAAUAUCAAAAUAUCUAUCAAAGAAGAAGAUCAGUGCUUGGGCGCCGCCGCAUCUGCGAUCUCGUUCGCCAUGGAUCCCUUCCUCUCGAUCCUCAGCGUUGUGCCCUAUGGCUUCCUCCGCCCUCCCCGCACUCGCCUGAAGCUCCCUUCCAACCUCGCCCUGCCAUCGCCCUCCACCGUCCUCUCCCUCGUCCUCCUCACCUACUUCUGCGUCGUCUCCGGCCUCGUCUACGAUGUCAUCGUCGAGCCCCCUGGCAUCGGCAGCACCCAGGACCCCUCUACCGGCACCGUCCGCCCCGUCGUCUUCCUGCCUGGCCGUGUCAACGGCCAGUACAUCAUCGAGGGUCUCUCCUCUGGUUUCAUGUUCCUGCUCGGCGGCGUUGGCAUCAUCCUCAUGGAUCUCGCCCUCGAUCGCAACCGUGCUCACAGCGUUCGUGUCACCUUCGCUUCUUUUGGAAUCUCCUCCGUCGUCAUCGCCUAUGUUAUGACUAUGCUCUUCAUCCGCAUCAAAAUCCCUGGGUAUCUCUAUUGAUUCCCUUUUCCGGUUAGGCCAAGCAAGGUGAGGUUUUUUUUGGCUUAUUUUAAAAAAUUUCCUGUUUUUCUCCAUUUAGACAACGAUGAAUUGGGAAUGCUACUUAAUGUUAGAACGGACCAUCAUCUGAUACAGUUAUUGCUGAGAUUUUUCUUUUUAUAUGGAAUUCGUAAUGGUUUUGCUUAUCA